UUCAUCUCAGUUUCAAUCACCGGAGGAUCAGCAGUGAUGAAUCCGAUCGAAGAUGGGAGGACUUGAACCCGGACUGUUUGGUCAACGUUUUCGAAAGAGUGGGAACUGGGUCACUUCUAGUCUCUGUCCCUUUCGUCUGCAAGUCAUGGUACAGAUCGAGCCUCAACCCUGCUUGCUGGCAACGCCUCGUUGUACCAGACGAUGUCCCAGGUUUUUCAAGUUUGUGAUUGAUCGUAGCAUGGGAAAUGUGAGGUUUCUUAAGCUGCCUACUGGCUCUAAUGCUUUAGAAGGAGUACUUGAACAUGUGAAGGAGAAAUGCAAGAGUUUUAUUGGGUUGAAUGUGUGUGAUGCCGAUAUUGGGAAGAAGGCGGCAUUGGCGAUUGUCAAGUUUGUGCCGAAGAUUAGGUACUUGUGGUUGAGGAGGGCGAGAAUUGGUAGGCAGGGUCUUAUUACUUUAUUGCAAGGCUGCAAGGAUCUUGAACUUUUGGAUGUUAGGGAGUGUUGUGGUUUCGAUGAGGGGGAUGAGGAAAUAGCUAAGCUUGCUGCUAGUAUUCCUAAGUUUAUGUGUGAGGGUUCUAGAGUUGGACAGGGAGGAGGAGGGCCCAGGGUCUUGUAUGGAAACCGUUUUGGAGGGCGACGACUGUUGUAUGUUGGAGGAGGACAAAGAGUCUUGAAUGUUGGAGGAGGACAAAGAGUCUUGAAUGUCCAACGAGGAGGAGAACGAGUUGUGAUGACAUUAGAGCCUUUAGAGGACAGAGCAUGAGUGUGGUGAGGGUAAGGAGGGCAGUUUUCAUGUUGAUGAUGAAUUAUUGACCUGUUAUUGUUAUGUGUACCAACUGCAUUUAUUAUUAUUCCGUGCAUUUUGGUUAUGAACACCUAAAUCUUGUGUUUGGGAGAUAUUGUCAAUCUAUUAUCUAUGUGUAAUCUGGGGGUUCUGAUUAGCAAGUAGUAGACAAGCUUUUAGCAGAGCCUCCAUGGAUGUGGUGAAAGAAUGCUAUGGCCAUUUUUCAAGAUCAUGGUUUCUUGGCGUUUGAUUGCAUCCGCCAGUUCUGAGUUCACAUUAUGGUUCAUGAUGCGCACCUUCACUCAGUCAUGUGCUUUGUACUUGAAGGACUGUUAGCUAGUAUUAUUAGUAAACAUUGCUUGUGUCUUUGCCUUGUACUGGGUUAUGUUUAGCCUUUGCUUGUGUCUUUGGCUUCCUGAUGUUGUAAGGGUUCAUGGUCCAAUAAUUGUCUUCGAUCACUAUCUUAUUUUGGGAUAAUGUGUUAUGUUGCAUCUGUUGAUACUUGAUAAUGUGAACUCAACAUGGAAAAUUGGUAACCUUGCAACUGUUUCUAUAAGGAAUUUGGCCUACUCCAACCAUUUCAAUUAGUUAUACUUGUAAAGCUUAGAUUCAUUUAUCAUUGUAUCGAAGUAUGAAUCUCUAUAUAUAAAAGAAAGUGACCUUGCAAUUGUGUUUGUAAGGAUUUGUAUCACUCCAACCAAUUCUAUUUGGUUUUGUUAUGAAGCACAGAUUACCAACUAGCAAUCAGUUCAGGUGUAAUGUCAUGUCUUAUUCUCUUAGAGCAAGCCAAGCGAGUCGUUAAUAUGUCUACAUUUUGAGCAUAACCCUUCUGUGACUCCAUGCUAGUAUGGAGAAUACUGAUGCAAAAGCUGAGUUUGUAAAUUGUAACAGAUGAUAGUUUACUGCUGCUGAUAUAUCAAUAUGACAUGCAUAAUGAGAAAUUGGCAUGGGUUGUCUAAGUUACUUUAUAUUUGCUAUCUGUGUGUUUAAUGUUUAUUACUAGCUAGCAGAGUAGCAGAAGGGAAUGUUUUCUGAGAUGAUGAAAUAUUGCAUUCUGCUUUUGUAUCGAGACAUUCUUUGUUCAACAGCAAACUCCUUGGCAUUGGAUGGCACAACAAUCUGCAAAUGAGAAAUCCAAAUACAUUGUA